AAAGACCACUAUAUCUUGUCAGUUUGCUGAACAAAAGAGAACUUCAUUUAAGCAAGCUUAAAAACAUCUUGAUCCACCAUUGCCAUCAUGAGGUCUUUCAGGAGCGCCCUCUUCAAUGCGCUCAUUCACGGGAUUUCUUAACGCACUUGAGCCUUUAACGGGUCAUAUGCAUUCCUCGGCAUAUACUGUCAAACCUCCUUAUUUUAUUGCUGGUCUUCUCUUGUGUCUGCUCUCGGUUGUUUUUCUUUUCUUGCCUUUCAAGUCUUCACUUUUUUUCACAAUUUCGCCAUAACAGACAAGAAGCUUUUCCUUCAUUCUCACUUAUUCAACUACUGAGAACUUCGCGAAGACAUCAUCGACAGUUUUAAAGGACACACUUUUCUGCUGAUUUCUUAAUCUGAGUGUUUAAAAAAAAAAACAAAAAAGAAGAAGUUGGAAUGAUUUUAGAAGUGAAGUGAAUCUACACAGUCAACAGAUCUGCAGAGCUUCUGGAGAGAUAGACGGCCGACUCAUUUGCUCCUCGUGUAUCACUUACUGUGGUGGGGGAUCGGAGAUGUAUCGAUGGAUUCUAGUUGUUGUGUCUGUGCACUGCACGGUCCAAGGUUUGAACGUGCCAGUAAUUGAGCCAUCAAGCUCAGAAAUCACAGUAGAUGUUCAUGGAGAACUGAAGCUCUCAUGCAAAGGAGAUGACAAUGUUAUCUGGGUACCAAAGUCCAGAAGAUUCAAGAAGUUCGUCAGGAAAGAAGGAAAAUCCAGUGUCUUCCAAAUUCAGGCAACGGUGGACAUGACUGGCACAUAUACAUGCACAUACGAGGGUGCAAAAGACCUCAAUGCAUCCAUAUAUGUUUAUGUUAAAGAUCCAACUCAAUUCUUUUACAUUGACACCUAUGCUUACCAUAAACUAGAGCAAGAAGGUGCCAGUGUCCUUUUGCCUUGCAUCCUGACUGAUCCCAACAUUGUGGACGUCUCCCUCAAAAUGGCAAAUGGGAGCGAGCCUCCCAGAGGAAUGAAUUACACCUUUGAUUCGAAACGUGGCAUAACGAUCCAAAAUGCUCAGCCUCAUUUCAGUGGCGAUUAUGUUUGCUAUGGCAGAAAGGGUGAAAACUGGAAGUACUCCAGAGCAUUUUCCUUUAAUAUCUAUCCUAAGCUGCGCCAUCCACCGUAUGUUUCCCUGGAGAGAACUACACAUGUCCGAAUAGUCGGAGAGUCUUUUAAUAUCAGCUGCACCACAUUUAACCUCAAUUUCAACUACAAUGUUACAUGGAAGUAUCCAGCAAGCAAGACAUUUCUAGUUGAUGAAGAAUCGGAAUUUAAGGACACCCAGCUGUUUAUCAAAAGCAAACUGAGCAUCCCAUCAGUAACAAUGGAAGACACUGGAAAUAUCACCUGCAUCGGGAAAAAUGAGGCCGGCGUCAACAGCACCAGCACAUUCCUGCAAGUGGUUGAGAAAGCCUACCUCAACUUUUUCAACCCCCAGAACACCACUUACGAAGUUCGAGAAGGAGACAAUUUAGAGCUGAAGGUUCUUUUUGAGGCAUAUCCACCAGUCCACAAAACCAAAUGGGAGACACCCAGCUCACACAAUGAUUCAGCUCACAAGGAGGUCUUUCACAGUUUUAGUAACAGAUAUGAAGCCACCCUUUCCCUAAGCAGAAUAAAACCAACAGAAAAAGGUCAAUACACAUUCUUUGCAAGCAAUGAAAAAGUCUGCUCAUUUGUGAACAUCCAUAUUGAGCUAUACCAAAAACCAACUGUGUCCCUGACCACCGUCAACUUCAGUAGCAUCCUUGUCUGCAAAGCAUCUGGCUAUCCAGCUCCCAACAUUAAGUGGUUCAUAUGCUCCAGUGAGGAGGAAAGAUGCACGCAGAAUGCCACUGAUAUCUCUGAACAACUUUCAGCAGUUGUGCAUGUUUCUGAAAAACUCCAGUAUGAAAACGUCGAUGUAGAGAGCACAGUGAUAAUGCCAGAAUUCGAUAAAAGGAAAACCAUGGAAUGUUUUGCAUCAAAUCUCGCCGGAGAAGGUUAUGCCACCCACCUGACACCUUUAACAUUGAGUACGGUCAGCAUCGUGAAUGAACUCUUUACGCCAAGCAUCUCGGCUUCAGUGUCCGUGGCGGCUGUGUUUUUCAUCCUGCUGCUCUUCCUUCUGUACAAGUACAAAAAGAAGCCCAAGUAUGAAAUUCGCUGGAAGAUCAUCGAAGCAACUGACGGGAAUAACUACACCUUUAUUGAUCCAUGCCAACUGCCAUACAGUGAGAAAUGGGAGUUUCCUCGUGACAAACUGCGCCUAGGUAAAAUUCUUGGUGCGGGUGCAUUUGGAAAAGUAGUUGAAGCAACAGCCUUUGGCCUGGGGCAAAACGAAUCUGUAAAAGUGGCUGUUAAAAUGCUUAAACCGACAGCACAUUCAGAUGAGAAGGAGGCUCUGAUGUCAGAACUGAAGAUCUUGAGUCACUUGGGACACCAUAAGAACAUUGUGAAUCUGCUAGGAGCCUGCACCCAUGGAGGUCCGGUGCUUGUCAUCACUGAAUACUGCAGCUAUGGUGACCUGUUAAACUUCCUCAGGCAGAAAUCUGAAAAUUUCCUUACUUGCAUCAGAAAUGGGAUAGUGAUGCAGGAAAAGAAUGACUAUCAGAACUUGACAAUUGAUAAGAAAUACCUAAGAAGUGACAGUGGGGUUUCAAGUUCUUGUUCAGUUGGCUACCAGGAAAUGAAGCCUGUUAAUUCAGCAAACAACUCUGCCCAAGGGUCCACAUGUGAUUAUAUUGAAGAUGAUUGCUGGCCACUGGACAUGGAUGACUUGCUGAGGUUUGCCUAUCAGGUGGCACAGGGAAUGCAUUUUCUUGCGUCAAGAAAUUGCAUCCACCGAGAUGUUGCUGCCAGAAAUGUGUUGCUCACAGAGGGACAUGUGGCCAAAAUCUGUGACUUUGGCUUGGCCAGGGACAUUAUGCAUGAUGCAAACUAUGUGGUGAAAGGAAACGCCAGAUUGCCUGUCAAGUGGAUGUCCCCUGAGAGCAUCUUUGACUGUGUGUACACUGUGCAGAGUGACGUCUGGUCCUAUGGCAUCCUUCUGUGGGAAAUCUUUUCUUUGGGAAAGAGCCCCUACCCCAAUAUGCUGGUAGACUCAAAAUUUUACAAGCUGGUUAAAGAUGGAUACCAGAUGGAGAGACCUGACUUUGCACCACCAGAAAUGUAUUCUAUAAUGAAAAUGUGCUGGGACCUGGAGCCAACAAAACGGCCGACCUUUAGUAAAAUUGGACAGCUUAUCGAGAGACUACUGGGAGAGGAGACUGAGCAGAUGAAUGGAAAUGUCAAUAAACCAGCGACAGAGGAAAACCUUUGUCUUGGUGGAGAUCCUGAGUGCUGUGAGGAAUCUUGUGAGCUAGUAGAAGAGACACAGCCACUCACGAAGACUAACAAUUAUCAGUUCUGUUAAGCUGCAUUUAUUCUGGACACACUGUGGAGGGGCUCUGUCUCUGUUUCAGUAUCAGUCAUUUCAAAUGCUCUUUGUGGUAAGAGACACCAGCCCAGCAGUCAAAGAUACACUGCCGUGCCUUAAAUGAGAAUUUGUUACUGUAGCAUUCUGUUAAUGAUCAGCAGGUCAGUUUCAGUUGGGCUUUCAAGUCUUCUAACUUGAUUUAUCACUCAACACCAGCAACACAUUUUAAGUUGAAUCAAGUGAAAUGAUUAUUUUUGCUCACAUAUUUUCCUUGCUUCUGUCAUUUAAGCAACUUGUUGGUUGGCUGCGUUAGUAACUGAUCGAUUGUCUGAUCUUGUAAAUGUUGGUUCAAGUGUACAAACAACUGAACUGGAGGCUUCAACAAACGUGCAUUAAACAAGCUGGACUGAAUACA